AUGGAGCCAGAGCGUCGUCGGAGAAGACCUGCAGUCUCCUGCAUCCUUUGCAGAAGACGCAAAAUCCGAUGCGACCGACAAACGCCGUGUAGCAACUGCAUCAAGUCUAAAAAUGCAACCUGCAGCUAUCGGGAUGAUCCGCGGCCUCCGCGGAGGCAAAGCCCCUUGGUCGGGACGGCACAGGCAAACAGACUUGAAGCAGCGCCGACUUCAGCACUCUUAACGCCGAGCACUGGGGCGUUAUCCACAGAGCCAAAUCAUGUUGAAUCACUGAACGCCGAGCCCUCUCGGCCGACAAGAAGUGCCCCCGUCACGUCAUCGACCAAGUACACAGUCUGUGAUCGGGCUUUUGGAAGUAGCCACGCCAACCGUGACAACCAUGCCACCGAUCCGAGACUCACGGGCGGCCAGACGGUGCCGGAGCAGGCCAUGUCGGCAAACACGAGCUCGGCCAACACACCGGUCUCGACCUUCACCAAGAAUUCCCGAGUCGAGACCAAGACGAUAAACUUUGCUGGCAAUUUCUAUUUUCACAGCGAACACCGCCUAGCUAGCCAUCCCCGGGCCGUCACGAGAAGUCUCAAUGACAUGUUUGAUAUCAUCGAGAGCCAUCUGCGCGACGACAACGCGUCAAAGGCACUAAAAAUCGAGAAACGAUGCAAAGCUCUAGGCAGACUGAUAAAAUCCCGCCGAUCACCCCCCUGGCCCUGUCCGCCCACACCUCACUUGCCCGUCAGGACCGUUGCCGAUGCUCUCGUUGAGUGCUAUCUCAGCUCCAGCGAAACUGUCCUCCGAGUCCUACAUAUACCCAGCUUCCGACGCGACUAUGAAGCCGUUUGGGACCCCAGUAAUACCCCCGACCCUGCUUUCCUUGUUCAGCUUAAACUAGUCAUGGCCAUUGGCGCCACGACCUACGACGACACCUUCUCCUUACGCCCAUGCGCCAUGAAAUGGGCAUAUGAAGGGCAGACAUGGCUGUCAGCACCCGAGUUCAAGUCCCGACUGGGCCUCCCCGCUUUGCAGAGCAGUAUACUGCUCCUGCUCGCUCGCGAAGCUACAGGUGUAGGUGAGGAUAUGGUCUGGGCUACGGUCGGGACCACACUCCGGCUAGCCAUGUAUAUGGGCUUGCAUCGCGACCCAGAGGGUUUAGGUCCCAAGACAACCACGCCGCUAGUUGCCGAGAUGCGCCGCCGGUUGUGGAACACGGUCCUCGAGCUCGCGCUACAAUCUAGCCUGAACUCAGGCGGGCCGCCGAUGAUUAAUUUAGAUGAGUUCGACACGGAACCGCCGGGGAAUUUUGACGACGAUCAGCUCCCCGGCCAAGAGGGUGAAGCGCCCGUUCCCAGGCCAUCAGGCCAGUUCACCCAAACCACCAUGGCCAUCUCUCUCCGGAGCCUGUUCCCUCAGCGCCUAGCCAUCGUCAAAUGCCUCAACGACCUCUCGUCCACGGGGUCGUACACGGACACACUCAAGCUCGAUGCCGAGCUCCGUGAAGGGUACAAAACCCUUACGCGAAGCCUCCAGGCUUGUAGGGGUCCCGAAAAAGGCCCGUCCGACCUCGAGCUCCGCGUCGUCGACCUUCUGCUGCGCCGCUAUUUCCUCGCCCUCCACCUCCCCUUCUUUGCCUGCGCCCUCCAAGAAACAAUGUUUACUUUUUCUCGCCGUGUUGUCGUCGAGUCGGCGCUGCGCCUCUGGCGCGCCGUCUUCCCGGUUCCCCUCUCAAUGUCUGCCGACGCCAACACGGACUGGGACCCCUUGCAACGCAUCGCUAUCAGCGGUUCGGGCUUCUUCCGCAUAGUGGCCAUUCAGGGCUUCGUGGCCAUCGCCAUCGAGCUGAAAUCGCUCCUGAAGGAGGAAGAGAGCUUCGGUCUCGGCCCCGUCGAGCUCAGACCGGACCUCGUGGCGAUGGUGCAGGACUACAAAGUGUGGUCUUGGCGGAGCAUGGAGACGGGCGAAACCAACACCAAGGGGUACUUGGUCGCUUGUAUGAUCUAUGCCCAGGUGGAUGCGAUGAGGAGGGGCAUGAGCGACGAAGACACCGUCGCGUAUGUGGUCAAGUCCGCCGAGGAUUCCGAGGAGGAGUGUCUUGCGCUGUUCGAACAGAUUGAUGCCAGCACUCGUGAGACUCAUGAGGCGGGUCUAGAUUCAUCGCCAGAAUUUAGCAUGGGGGCCGCCACCCCAACCUCCGCACCACUACCGCCGGCACCAACACCACCCCACCAAACCCCCCAAUCCCAACCUCAACCCCCCGCCGCCCCCACCCUCCUCCCCGUCACCCCGCUCUUCCCCCCCGGCGACAACGUCAUCUUCGCCCACUCCUCCUUCUUCUCCCGCUUCACGCCCGCAGGCACCUACCCCGAGCUGCCCACCCCGGCGCGCGUGCGCGAGCAAGCCGUGCGAUUGGGCCUUGUCUCCCAGAAUGGCGAUGGGGAUGGCGCAGAAGGGGGUGCGAGGAUGGUGCCGUUUCCGGAGCUGGGGCUGUUGGUGAAGUAUGGGCGGGAGGUUGUGGGUGCGGGGAAUGGGGGGUUUGUUGGCGGGGUGGCGGCCGCGGAGGGGAAGGCGAUGAGUUUGGCGAGGCGGACGUUGGUGGAUUUGGGGAUGCCGGCUGGGUUGGUGCCGGUGCCGGAGGUUUUUGGGUGGCGGAGGGAUGCGGAGAGUGGGGAGCGGUUUGUGUAUAUGGAUUUGCCGGAGGGGGAGGUGCUGGAGGAUAGGUGGGCGGGCUUGAGCGAGGUGGAGAGGGAGGCGGUUUGUACGCAGUUGAGGGAUGUGGUGGGGGAGUGGAGGCGGUUGAGGUUGGGGGGUGUUGGGUUCGUUGGGAGCGUUGAUAAUGGACCGCUGCAGGAUGAGGUGUUCCAUCGCUGCGCGUUGGCUGGCGCUCCGCCGGCCGGUCCGUUUCCAACGGUGACGGCUUUCCACGACUACUUUGUCGCGAUGGCGGUCACCGUCUCCCGGAACCGACAUGCAGGCGCUGGGGAUGGCCAGCUCCGCUACACACCGCACCACCUAUUCCCGGAUGACGUCCCCGUCGUGUUCACGCACGGUAGCUUGCACCCCCGGAACAUCAUCGUCUCAUCCGGGCCAAAGCCACGAGUGGUAUCGAUCCUCGGUUGGGAACAGGCUGGGUGGUGCCCCGCGUACUGGGAGCUGUGCAAGGCCCGGGCGGAGUGCUCGCGGCGGGGAAGACUUGGAGGUUGGGAGAGCAAGUAUUUGUCGUGGGUUCUGGACACUGACGGGUUGAACGCCGCGAUGGGUGGCUGGAAUGUCACCGCGUUGUGCCAGUAUUGGGAUUAUUUUGUUGGCUUGAUGUAA